UGCCUGACUGCUUUUAUUCACUCUCUGUGUAUUACAAGAGACCUAAUGAUUUGCCUUUGCUUAUAGAGCUCGGUGGUACUAGCAACAGUUGGAAAAAAAUGUAGGCUUUAGGCUUCUGCUUUGCCUGUACUGUAUAGUUUAAAUAUUAAGGUCAGCGGGACACUUGUUUUAUGGGAUUAUUACCCCUGGAAAACCUGACAAACAACAUGGUGAAAUUCACUGAAAAUCUCUUUGUCGUAUCAACAUUAUUCCUGGUAAUCUGUGCAGGAGGAGACAUCCCUCUCCAGGUGACUGGCCGUGUAGGGGAGACUGUCACACUGACACCCCAUCUGAAUCUCACACAUCCCAUUGAUACAGUCACAUGGGGAUUUAAUUGCAAUGGGAAAAUAAUAUUCCUGGCUGAAUUCAGAGAGCAGAAGUUUAUCAGAGUGAAUAAGAAUUAUUUCCUCAACCGCCUGGAAGGAUCUAACAGUGGAACCUCAUUACAGAUCAGAGAGCUGAGAAUGGAGGAUAGUGGAGUCUUCACUGCACUGAUUGUUAAUGGAGAAAUAAGAGAAAUAUCCUAUAAUCUCACUGUAUAUGAGUCUCUCCCUACACCAGUAAUAGAAAAGACAUUAGAUGAGAAUUCCACUGAUCUGUGUCAUCUUCAUUGUUCUGUCCCAUCCAACUCAACAAGUGUGUCCUACAGUUGGAUCUACAGAGAUAAAGACACUGACAUACUAUAUGCAAAUGGCAGCACAAUCAGUGUAUCACUGAAGGAUAAGACAUUGGGGACACAAUUUCUCUGCUUGGUACAAAAUCCUGCUCAUACCAACAAUGUGUCAGUCCUUUUAGAGUCGUGUGAUGAUGAACAGAGUGGAGGAACUGGAAGAGAUUAUCUUCAACCCUUAAUAAUUUCCAUGAGUUUCAUAUGUGUUACACUUGUGUUUAUCAUUAUAUAUAUAUCUAUAUAUUGCAGAAGAAGACUGAUAAUAAAGGAUAAAAAAAUACCUAAAGAUAAUAUUAUAUACACGGGAGUUGUAUUUCCUGCCACAAAUAAUAAUCAGGGUGUGAGUAAGCUUAAUGUUAGCAAUUGCUGUACUGAACCUAAGACAACAAGUGAGGAAUCAUUAUAUGCUGAGCUUUUAAAGCCCAAUGGAGUGACUGAGGAGGUUUAGUUGCUCAUGGACUAUCCCUAGAAAGAAUAUAGAUAGGUAAAGCUGGAAACCUGGAUCCAGGGACUGAAGAAUUAAGGUGGGAAAUGUGUUACUCCAAGGAUCUCUCCACUGCUGUUUAUGAUGUUGGAUUCUAACUGUCAGUUAUAUCAGUCACUAUACAUGUGUAUAUGGAGAUCACUUUCUGUUAUUCUGUGUUCUGUAAAUAUGAGUAUAUAACUGAGUAUAUAGAAGGAAAGUAUGAAUGUGAUAUUGUAUAAGCGAUGCCUAGCAUAUGUAUUGUAGUCAGAACUUUUUUUUUAAUACUUUCUUGCACCUCAAGGUCU